AUGGAAUUCGCGUCGUGGAGUCGUGAGGAGCAAAAGUCGCGCUUGAAAGAAUGGAAUGCCAAGGCGAAGCAGCUCAAAGCGACCUGCCAACCGAGUGUUGUUGCCUCGACCCCUGAAGGAGAUCGAUCUGACAGCGCAUCGACCUUUGUGGGCACCCCAGCGUACGUAAAUAACGAGGCUCCCGCGUCCAAGCCAAAGGAGCGAGCACAACCCCUGACCUCUGUCGCAGCGAUUCAAGCGUCAUACAAAUCCAGAUGGAGAUCGGACGAGGCCAAGCGAUUUGCGCUCGUAAAGCGGACCCCACACUACCAAUCUUGGGAUGAUCGUCGACGUCUAGAAGCGUCGCAAAUGAGGGUGCCACCAGCUGCGGAUGUCAAUAUUCUGCCCCAAGCAGGGGACAAUGACGAAUUCAACGGAUCGGUUGGUACAGACAACUGCAUCGAAGUUCACGAAGACGCGAAGUUUGGCCAGGAUGACGUGUGGCUCCAGAACUUAUCGUAUGUGGCCAUCGCCCGAGAUUCAGCUCUCAAACAGCAAGUGCUUGGUCACAUUCGAGCCGCGUUGCUGCAAGGCCAGGUCGUGCACUUGAAGCUAGACGCACAAGCAACCGGCGAUUCCGUAGCCGACUCACGAUUACUUGCGCAACAGCUGACCAUCGCGAGUUUGCUCUUCUGCGAUCGUACACAGGAGAUCGUGCCCCGCACUCAGGUUGCGGCCACGCUAAGCAAAGCCUCCCCCAAGGACAAGCAGAGGACAAAAGGCAAGGCAAGUGCCAAAGGUCGAAGAUACAAGCGAAAAGUUCAAUCUUUUGCCGCCCCGGUCAUCCAUGUUGACGAGAACGAAGAAGUCGAAGGACAAGAUGCCAACUCGUUCUUUGAUCAUACGUCCUUCCUGGUGGAGCCGCCAACGAAACCCAAACAGAACAACACUCACCCAACGGACACUGUGCCGCUCCAUCGCCGCGGGAGCGAUGAUUUCAGUGCAUUUGGGGAAGAUGUGGUGAAGAUGGAAGCUACGGCACGGACGGGCGAGCCUUCGGCCGCCAUGAAAGACUUUGGCGGGAGCAUUGAUGUUGAUCUGGUGACGCGGCACAUGGCCUUGUUGACGGCGACGACGCCGUCGCCGCCGCUCCAUGUCGAGGACAUUCCAAUGUUGGACAGCAUCAUGGACGACGAGCAGCAUGCCGCCGUGGAAACAGAGAAGUACGAGAGAACGUGGCCAGCGGGCAAGAUGUUUGGCGACGAUGACAAGGAGGUCGACCCCGACCAAACGACUUAG